CUUGAGGACAAGACCCGGACCCGAACCCCGACCAGGACCCCGACCAGGACCCCGACACAGGACCAGGACCCGGACCCCGACCAGGACCUCGACACAGGACCAGGACCCGACCGGACUCCGGAGCGACAACUUGAGGGAACGGAGAGUUGAUGAAGAUGAAGAUGAAGCUGGAUGUGCUUCUCCCGGUGCUGCUGUGUGCCGUCCUCAUCCCGCCGGCCUCCUCCACCCCCCACCACGACUCAGAUGAUUCAAAGCUUCUCCACGUGACCAUCCCAUCCACCCCCCCCGUGCUGGCUGUCCUGGGCGGCUCUCUGACGCUGCCCUGCCUGGUGUCCCUGGCCCACCCUCCGCCCUCCCCCUCCACCAACGGCCGCCACGCGGUGCUCUCUCUGCCCCGGGUGAAAUGGAGUGUGCUGACCCACGGCCGUGAGACGGAGAUCCUGGUGGCCCGCGGGGACCGGGUGAGAGUCAGCGAGGCCUACAGAGACCGGGCCUCGCUGCUCCACUACGCCUCGUCCCCCGCCGACCUCACCCUGCGGCUGGAGAGCCUGAGGCAGAAUGACACGGGCUUCUACCGCUGUGAGGUCACACAGGGCCUGGAGGACGCUGACGACGUGGCUCACGUCAAGGUCAAAGGGGUAGUGUUCCAUUAUCGCGACGCCUCCAGUCGCUACGCCUUCACCUUCCAGCUCGCCAAAGAGGCCUGUGGGGGGAUUGGAGCUGAGAUGGCCACGCCGGAGCAGCUCCUGGCCGCCUACCACAGCGGCUACGAGCAGUGUGACGCAGGCUGGCUCUCAGACGGCUCAGUGAGAUAUCCCAUCCAGAUGCCCAGAGAGGGCUGCUUCGGGGACAUGGACGGACUUCCAGGAGUGAGGAGCUAUGGCCUGGUCGAGCCGGAUGAGCUGUAUGACACCUACUGCUAUGUGGAGAAUACUGAGGGUGAGGUGAUCCAUGGCUCCGCCCCCCAGCGUUUCACCUUCCGGGAGGCCAAGGCCUACUGCCUGAGUCAGGGGGCGGAGCUCGCCGCCACAGCUCAGCUCUAUGCAGCCUGGAACGAUGGACUGAACCACUGCAGUCCGGGGUGGCUGGCAGACAGCAGUGUGCGCUACCCCAUCGUGACCCCUAGAGAGCGCUGUGGAGGUGGUGAACCCGGGGUCAGAACCGUCUACCGCUACAGCAACCAGACCGGCUUCCCCGAGGAGCACACCCGACACGAUGUCUACUGCUUCAGAAGGGACACGGGACCUUAUACCCAAUCGACUCAGGAUUUCCUGGCUACUGAGCCAGAAGACAUUGACUUCUUAACGGACGGCGCUCAGGAGCCAGAGAGUCUGGACGUGACAGUCGAGGUGAACGAGGAGCUGCAGCACGCCCUCACGGUCAGGUCUGUCAAACACCUCCCUGAGGAGGCUCCGUCCCAAACCCUGUGUUACGACAAGGAGCCGCUGCUCCCUGUCGACCUUCAUCAGAACUUCACUCCCCAGCCCGAGCUUCAGCAGCCCGCUCCCAGAGAAGACACCUGGGAGCCUGUCAAGAAGGCCGGCUACCCAGAGUCCUAUCACCCAGCACCUGCCCAGCACCCACGGACUGAUCAUGAAGACCCUCAUGCUUCUUCAAGUGCUGUGGGCACAGUGACCACUGAUGAAGACUCCACUGUCCCCACAGCUGAGGGGACGGAGUCAGGGAGCAGAGACCCCUCAGAGACUCGUACUGCAGAGAACAACCAAGAGAAUCAAACCCUGGAAACACAAAGUGCUACUGCAACAUCUGGAGCGGUCGCAGAGGAGCUGCUCAGCAGUUCAACAGCUGUGCACCAGGGGGGGGAGCGUCCCACGUUCCAGGAGGACCACACUCCACAUGUCCACUUGGAACAUGUCUCUGGAACUGAGCUGGUCCACUCGAGUCUCGCUUACGUAGUUUCUGUGCCACCAGAAGAGACGAGCCCCGGUAGCAAUGAGGAGGAAUCAGUAGAGACGACUUCUCUCCACACUGAGGAAACAGAAGGUCACUCCACUGCACCACCUGUGACGCAGCGUGGAGACGAGAGGCUUCCUCUGGAGGAGGAGACACGAGACCCAGUGACCCAGAGUUCCACCGGCAUGGACACCUCCACCCUCUCUGAACUGGGGCCUACGACUGGUUCAGGUUCGGAUCCUCCUGAAGAACGCUCAGCUGUAACGAUGGAGUCGUCCACCGCGAUCGACCGAGCGGACGAGGGAUCGUCUUCAGAGGAGGCCGAUCCGGUCGAGCAGAGUGGACACGUCCAUCCCACUGAACUCCCAACAGAGGAAGUCAUCCCAGUCACAGACGACUCCACUGAAGCUCCUGCAUCAUGUGCUUGUUCCCACGAUCCCAUCGCUCUGUUCACGUCCGGAACCCCCGCUCCCCCGUCGGUGGAGUCCAGCUCCCCAGAGGUUAUCCCCUUCAUACCUGAGAGCAACGCUUCCUCUGGGGCUGGACCUCUGGAGGACAUCCAGGAACAUGGUGAGCUGCAGGAUGUACAAGAAAGCCAGGAAGUGUUUCUCAGCACAUUGCAAAGCAUCACAGACAGUGACCCUGUGGGGGGGGGAGGAGACGAGACAGAGGGGUCAGGUGAAUCAUCGGGAGGAAACCCGGAGAUCAGACCAGAACGUCUGGUGACCAACCCGACCGCCACAACAGACCAGGCCUCUGAGGGAACUGAGGGAACUGAGGCGCCUGCUCGUCCAGAUGUAAGAGGCCCACGGAUCCCUCAUCUGACCCUGACGCCCGGCUGGGAGCCAGAGGCCUCCUCCUCCUCCUCCUCCUUCUCCUCCACCUCCCUCUCCUCCUCCUCCUCCUCCACCUCCACACCACAGGACUCUCUCUCCGACAGAGAAUACAGCGCUGAGGACAGCGAUGAGGUCACAGCAGAGGUCAACACAGGCAGCGUCACCGCAGAAGGUGGAUUGGAGGCAGGUGAGAGAGAGACCGGCACAACAGAGACCUCCGUAGAAAAAUUGACAUGGCGUCCAGCUGAGGACGAGGACAACUCGACUCUCAGCACCGACGCUCGUGAUGUGACCGCUGCCGCCACCGGGAACCCAGAGGUUCACCAGGAGCAGGAGGCCGUGGGAGCAGGAGCUCCUGCUGUGAGAGCAGCAGCCGUCUCAGACUCCUGCCUGGAGAACCCUUGUUUAAAUGGAGGCACUUGUGUUGAGGGUGAAUCAAGGAGGUGUCUCUGUCUUCCCGCUUACGGAGGAGAUUUGUGCCAGACAGACCUGGAGGAGUGUGAGCCGGGCUGGGAGAAGUUCCAGAGCUUCUGUUACCAGCACUUUGUCAAGAGGCAGAGCUGGGAGGCGGCGGAGCAGCACUGUCGGAUGUGCGGGGGACACCUGAUCUCCCUCAUGACCCCCGAGGAGCAAGAAUACAUAAACGACAAAUACAGAGAAUACCAGUGGAUCGGACUGAACGACAGAACCAUCGAGGGAGACUUCCGCUGGUCGGACAGUAGCCCCCUGCUCUAUGAGAACUGGUACCGAGGCCAGCCCGACAGCUACUUCCUGUCCGGAGAGGACUGUGCGGUGAUGGUGUGGCACGACGGCGGCCAGUGGAGCGACGUGCCGUGCAACUACCACCUGUCCUACACCUGCAAGAAGGGAGUCUCCUCGUGUGGCGAGCCCCCGCAGGUUCCCCACGCGAAGGUGUUUGGGAAGAAGCGUUCGCGUUUCGAGACCAACACCAAGGUGCGGUACUACUGUGAGGAGGGUUUGGUUCAGAAGCUGAAUCCGGUGAUCAAGUGCCUGCCCGGCGGCCAGUGGGAGGAGCCUCUGAUCACCUGCUCGCCACCCCGCUCAGUGGAAGAGGAAGAGGUCACAUCCCCGCCUCACCAGCACCAGGAGGUCAUGGAGGUGAUGGAGGUCGAGGAGGUCGAGGAGGUCGUGGAGGUCGUGGGUGCAGCCACGGAGAAAGCAGAGCCACUGUUUUUUGACAUUAAGUGGAAUGUGUAAAAACCUCCUUUUCUUUCUUCUGUUAAAUACGACAUCUUCUCCUCGUCCCGUUUUCUUUCCAGCCCAGUUUCUGCAUCUAGUUAUAAAAUAAUCUCUCAUUUUAAAGAAACCUCAAGCAGAGAUUUUAUAAUGUAGUUAAACAAGAAUAAAGUUGUAAAUUAACAAGUAAAAAGUAUUUUAUAUUACAAGAAUAAAGUGUGGUAGUGGUAAUUACAUUUUCUAGUCGUUUAUCUACUUGUAAAAGAAGUGCUGUAAUAUACAGGUUGUACAAAGCAGAUGAGAAUAAUUACAUCUAUAAUGAACACAAGCUUUUUACAGGUACGAGUAAUACAGUAGAAAUUAAUCCAGUGAAAGUAGAGAAUUAAAUGUAAUUUUAUAAUCUCGUGGGAGUUUUAGCUCUUGUCACAUGUUGGAUUUAACUGUAUAAAAGUUGUCGUAUUUCUAA